CUUUGGCCUCGCAUCCUAACCGUAUCCAACUUCGUACAUCCAGAAGUGGCAGAUACGACCUCUCCUUUGUCCCCUUCGGUGUAAAAAAUCAUCAAAAUCCACGUACAAUAUCUGUCGGUGGUACUGUGUUAUCAAAAACUACCGUACAAAUGUUCAUGACCAUAACGUUUUGAAGUCAUUGUGAAUUACCGCUUUCAAGAGAUAAAUGACUUUUUGGCGGAUCAAAAUUGAUUGACGAUACCCAUCGUUUGUCCACCGUGUAUGGUUAUGGUAAAUUACACAAUGUACAGUUAAGUGAGCAGUAAAGUUGAAUAACAUGCUGAUACGGCGGGCCCAUCACAGUCUGUAGAAAAUAACUGGUUUGGUAAUUGGAGUCGCUUUAGUAGAAGAGGGGGGAGUAUUUGAGAGAUAGGUCUGAAGGUUAGCUAAGGCACUGAUAUAACAUAUUCUUAAUCAGUACGCAGCGAGUACUGAACUAAUAAGUUAUUAUUAUUCCUAAUAUGGAUAUCAAGAAAGUAUUAGUCGCGGAUGCAGUGGACGCAUCGUGCGUUGACCUUUUGAAAAAGUUUAACAUACAGGUCGACUGCAAAUACAAGCUACCUAAGGAACAGCUGAUUGCUGAAAUACCGAACUACAAUGCCCUUAUUGUAAGAUCAGACACGAAAGUAACUGCAGAUGUGAUAGCAGCUGGAAAAAACCUCAAAGUAAUUGGAAGGGCAGGGGCAGGAGUAGAUAACAUUGACGUUAACGCUGCGACUGAAAAAAAUAUACUCGUAUUAAAUACCCCUGGUGGCAAUGCUAUCAGUGCAUGUGAGCUGACGUGCUCCCUAAUCACCGUUUUGGCCAGGAACGUGGUCCCGGGUGCUGCCUCUCUCAAAGCGGGAAGAUGGGAUAGAAAAUUAUACUCUGGCCAUGAGCUGUACGGGAAAACUUUGGCCAUUUUGGGGCUUGGAAGAAUAGGAAAAGAAGUAGCUCUCAGGAUGCAAUCAUGGGGAAUGAGGAAAUUGAAGUUCAUCCCAUCUUACUGUAUUCUAUAGAAAGUAUGAUGCAAUACUUUCAAGUUUUAUCAAACGCUUAUAAAUAGAACAGCUCGAAUGAACAAACAUUGCUAUCAUCAGAGCUUAUUGCAUCUUCUUAGAUAUCAUUUCGUCACACACAUACGUGACUUGGACCACCACGUACAAAAAUAUUUCAUAGCAAAUAAUCAUUUAAUUGUUUAACUUUACCAUCGAUAAAACAUGUAGAUAUCUUAUAAAAUAUAUGUAUAUGGAUGUUGAUAUUAAGAAUGUGUAUCGCGAAUUCUUUGAAUUAAUAAUCUUCAUAGAGUUAUUAGUAAAGUGAGCAGUUUAGUUAUAUAAACAAUAUGAAUGAACUCAAAUAAAUAUUUGUUUUCAAUCGAAGUAUAUUCUACGUUAUGUAGAACUUGGAAUCACACCCCUCAAACAAAUUUCGGUCCAUAUCGUAAGUAGUUAUUGAAUAUUUUCACAAGUGAACCUCCCCUGCAGUUAAAAAAGCCCAUUUAACGUUUGAGUUAUUCAGACAUGGCAUUUCGUCGUUUUGUUCAUUCAUAUUUUAUUCUUACAGACGAUUGGAUAUGAUCCGAUAGUUUCAGCCGCAGAUGCAAAGAAAUUCAACGUU